CAUUCUCGACUUACUGACAAGGUUUGGGCGAGUCCGAUUCUGCCAAUUUUGGGUAAAUUGGCGUACGAAUAUUAUUAGUUUAAGAAAACGGGGUAACUUCAGUGGAUCGUAACGAAAAUGCCCUAAUCACGCAUUCUAAUCUAAGAGAUAGUAGUGUGAUUAAACAAAUAUAAAUACGUAAUGUAAACAAAAUGUUUUUAUUCGUUUUAUUUUGAGUUAAGUUAUUGUUGAUAAGGUGCUAAAGUACAAAGUACAAUCGCAUUACUUGUAGUUCUUAAGUGCAAUAACUCCACUGCCUCCAACAAAAUGAUCAAUACUGGAAAAUUAUCCGGAUUUACCGUUUUUAUAACUGGGGCCAGUCGAGGCAUAGGCAAAGCCAUAGCCCUCAAAGUAGCCAAAGACGGUGCCAACGUCGUAGUGGCAGCCAAAACGGCCGAACCCCACCCCAAGCUCGCCGGAACCAUUUACACAACCUGCGAAGAAGUUGAAGCUGCCGGGGGCAAAAGCCUGCCUUGCAUCGUCGACGUCAGAGACGAGCAGCAAGUCCGUAAGGCCGUUCAGGAAGCCGUCCAAAAAUUCGGGGGCAUUGAUAUUGUUGUUAACAAUGCUUCUGCGAUUUCUCUCACGCCGACGCCGACGACUGACAUGAAAAGAUACGAUUUGAUGCACAAUAUCAAUACCAGGGGCACGUUUCUAGUGUCGAAAGAAUGCUACCCAUAUUUGCAAAAAAGCGCGCACGCCCAUAUACUGAACGUGUCACCGCCGCUGAGCAUGAAACCUAGAUGGUUCAAAGACCAUGUGGCCUACACUAUGGCGAAAUAUGGCAUGUCCAUGUGUGUGCUGGGAAUGCAUGAGGAAUUCCGGGGGGAUAACAUUGGCGUGAACGCGCUAUGGCCAAAAACAGGGGUGUACACGGCCGCUAUGGAAAUGCUCAGGGGUACCGAGUCCGCCAAGUAUACUCGAAAACCAGAAAUAAUGGCUGAUGCAACCUACGCCAUCUUAAUUUCAGACCCCAAAACCACUACAGGGAAUUUCUUUAUCGACGAGCAGGUCCUGAGGGAUCAGGGUGUCACAGAUUUUGAUCAGUACUGUAUUGACCCUGCCUACAAAGACCAACUAAUACCCGACCGCUUCGUCGACGAGAAUAUCUCCGAAAUUGAAAACCACUCCAGCAAUAGACCGAGUUUGGCCACUCCAAAACUACAAGGCGACGGCAGAAUCGUUAACGUUUUUAAAGUAAUAGAACAGAACUUGUCUGCACAGGCUGUCCAGAAAACUCAGGCGGUCUUCCAGUUCGUCGUUACAGGAGAGGCAGCUGGGAAAUGGUUCGUCGAUUUGAAGAACGGGAAGGGCGCCUGUGGGCGGGGAGACGCCCCUUGACCCCCAGACGCUACACUGACUACGGAUACUAAAAGCUUCUUCAGUAUAUUGAAUGGAAGCUUGAAGCCGGCGUUCGCUUUCAUGACCGGGAAGCUGAAAAUCAGCGGGAAUAUGCAGAAAGCGAUGAAAUUGGAUGCACUGAUGCCGUCGUUGAAAGCGAAGCUCUAAAAUAAGAAAUAAUUAUAAUUUUUGUACAAGCAUUAAAAAUAAAACAUUUAUUUUA